UACUGACAAUAAACUUUUUGUAAACGUAAGUGAAGCAGGUUGCAAAAAUAUUUACUAACGAGCCUCAUCAAGACAUUGCGUCGGAGUUAACUGCUUGCUUCUUUUUUAUGAUUUUUCCAAUCACUUGUUUGAAUUGUUUAGGAGACCAGAAUCAAUAGACCUUCUAUAGCGGGCAAAUAAAUGUCAACGAUUCCUUGCCAUUACUUAGGACGAACUGCUCGGUUAAGAUACGAUUUUUUAGUCCGUUGGGCUAUUAACGCGACCACAGUUUCAAAAUAACUAGAUUCGAAAAUGGUUAGUAGCAUCGAGAGCUUAAUGUUGAUCGUUGUGUUUAUCACAUGUAUUCUCUUACUUGUGUAUCUGAUUAAAAAAAGCAGCACUCUAGGUGUUGGGCGGUUAAUAAAUUCAGCCGUUGCAAAAACUGAAUUUGCAUCGACGUAUUUUGUGAUAGGUGAUCGCUCGACAAAAACGGAAUGUAAUCGUCUGAUCACUGUGAAGCCUUUCGGUUGGAUGUUAUGGGCCUUGAACGAUGAACUGUAUUUGCUCGAGCCGGAAAACGGGCCUCCUUGUUCGGAUUCAAUGACACCAGCCAUUCGAAUCUUGGGUGAUCGAUUUUUAGAGUCCUGCUUAACUGCUCCCAUCAAAACCAUACAGUUAAUGUAUUCUUCAUCUUACGGAGCAUUGUUGAAACAUGUGCCGUAUACAAUUUCAGGAAACACGUUCACGGUACUAUCAGCGAUUAAUAUACUAGCAAAACGAUGGUUAACGUUCGCUCCGAAGUACCUGGUAAAGCUGCAAAAUCGUAGAAAGAGGGAUACCCGCGAGUUAUCCUACCACGGCGAGAUGGGAUCCGGACAAAAUCAAGGGUACGAGACCAACAGUAAAUCAGAUGAAGUUUCCAGCAUAAAUAAAUCGUCUGGCUCAUACAGUCACACAGUGACAAAUUUCAGCUCAGAAUUAGCUCUCGGUCUAAAAAGAACCACACACAAGGAAUGUUCUGGGGGCGAGGAUACACUGGUUGACCAUGAACACAUCGGAGACGGGAUGAGUCUUCGACGACCUAGAAGUUCGCAAGAAAGCAGAAGAAAACCAAAGCCUAUCAUCGAAUUAUCUAAGUCUCCGUUAUUAUUAUCGAGAGUAAGCGACGUGGAAGAUUAUGGCAAAUUGUCAUCCAGAAUUAUGAAACAGGUUUCGAUACUUGGAUAAUAAUACUGGUCGAAUCAAGCAGGGAAAAGUGUAAGAAGGUGGGUAAAAUUCAUGCCCGUUGAGAGGGAGGGAUUACAAUCGCUAGGCUGUUUAGUGAAAAAGAAAAUUAUUAAAGAAUAAUACGAUCAGAGUGUAAUUUGACGGUCUACGCAGAGACUAUGCAUUUUUUUCCGUGUUCACUUCAUGUGCCAAAAUAGUUUAACUGUAAAACAAAGAGUAAUUUGAUUGAAAAAUGACAACCUUUUGAAAAUAUGUAACAUGAAAUUUAUCGUUUCACUUUAACGAUGCCACAUUUCGAACAACGUGCGACCAGCGAUUCGACCUCGUCGCCGCGACGUAAUUGGAUCAGCUCGCGCAUGAAAUUAUGAGAGCAUUUGCUCGCUUCGUAAGUGUAGGUAGUACGUUGUUCUGGGUACAGGACGGACGGAGGAAACACCGGACCUGGAAGAUCCCUCGAAGCGGUCUGCAUCAGGACGGUUCGAUUGUUCGGAGCAAAAAAAAUG